ACCAAUCACCUUCAUCACAUCUGUACAGCUGUGUGUUAGCACCUGAGUCACUCGGCACCAUCCACUUCCCUCACUGACACCCUCACGUGUUCACACCUCUCUCCCUACCUCGUCCGCACACUGGCCUCACUCCCUACCUUCAGUCAUCAUAAUCACGCUUAUCAGAACAAUAACAUUACACGAUACAUCUGCGUACUUGUUAAAGAGCUGUGUUCAUCAAUACAGUGGGAAGUGACCCAAAGUGCACCUGAUUACACUUGUGCUCCUCCACACUAAAUGUGUGCAGUAGGUGGGAGCCGCACCAGUAGGUGGCCCCUGGUGGUAGUAAUAAUGGUGCUGGUAGCAGCAGCCAGGACCAAGGGGGAUAUCAUCUAUGCGGAGACUGCCACCAUCGCCUUCGACAUCUGGGCCACUGACCUGCGACCCGGGUUCACUCUGACUGAGAAAACCAUCAAUGACAGGAUUUGCUUUUGCAAGACACACUCUCCAAACAUACAGGCCAGCACCACUUCAUUCACCUCUCCCACCAGCAGCUUACCCACGAAUAGCCUGUCCAGUGGCGUCCUACCCAGCAGCAACCUUCCCACCACCAGUAGUGGAUCCGAUGGAUACAAAGCAUCUUCCAUCGAAUACUUCUACUUCAGUGAGUACAACUAUAUCAGGAAUCACCCAAAGAAGCACUAACCAGCUGCAGCCGAUGAUCUAACCACACCCACAAAACACUGAUGAUGUAUCUCGGCUCUCACCUGUCCAUCACUGCGGACAUCGAUG